AUGACUGGCCACCCAACGCAGUCAAACAUGAGAUCCAAAUUUGGGACUUUUCUGUUAGCGUCUAGCAAGCGUGUGGAAAGCAAGAGGCCGACAGACAUGAAGAUGAGGAAGAAGAGUAGUCGAACAGAGGAUUUAGAAGUUGUUGUCAUGAUGGCAGAUAAUAGGGCGACGGUGGUGCUCGAAUGUAAGGAUCGAUUUCUGGUGGAGAAGAAGAACAGAGUUUUGCGGCGGUAUUUGGUGGAGAUUGGGGAUGUUUUUUUGAAUUUGGCUUUUCCUGCAAGUCUUUCAGGGAGGCCUUCUUUUCUAUAUAAUCAUCUUCAGCUAAUUAUGAAGUUGGAGAUUGACUUUGCCUGCAUCAUCUGUGCUGGAUAG